GGUCAAUAUCCUCAUCAUUAUCAGCAUCAACAAAAAUAUAAUUGGUUUCGAUUUCGAUACUACACCAGUAAAUGAUGGAUGAUUUACAGCAAGAUGAGGUUGAAAAUUUCUUACAGAAUAAUCCAGAUUUCGUUCGCAAAUGGCAAUCUCGGCAUUUUACAGUGGACGUCAAAAGGCAAAGCCUUAAAUGCACGUUGAAAGUACCGGGAGAGACCGGUUAUAGUGCAACUACAAGUGAUACAGUAUUACAGGAGGUGAAAUCAAAAUCAAGAGGGUAUACUUCAGUAGUGACAGAGAAUGAAAUAUACAGAGAGUUUGUAAAAGACACUGUUUUCGAAGUCAAUGUCGACAAACAGUGUCAUAAAAUUCUUCAAAAUGCUUGUAUCGUCCUCGAUUGUGAGAGAGCGAGCCUAUUUCUGUUACAUGGAACUGCUAAAAAGCUACACUUAGUUUCCAAGCUCUUUGACGUUACAGCCACCUCGGUUAUGGAGGAUACAAUUCACAACGAAGAAAAUGCCAUUCGCAUUCCUUUCGGGAAAGGAAUUGUCGGAUAUGUAGCUGAAUACAGUUGUCUAUUGAACAUUAAAGAUGCCUACGAAGACGAACGUUUUUUACAUGAGAUUGAUAAAUCAACGGGGUUCUGUACGAAAAGUAUUCUAUCUGUACCAAUAAGGAUAGAGAUGGCGUCGUAA